AUGCCCCGGGGACACAAGAGCAAGGUCCGUGCUCAAGAGAAACGCCGCCAGGCCAGAAGUGAGACCCAGUGUGUCCAGGAUGCUCCAGCUGCAGGGGCACAGGGCGGGGAGGCCCCCUCCUGCUCUGCUCUCUCUGCAGGUGCUGCUGCCAGGUCCUCUGCGGCUGGCCUUCCCCAGAAGUCACAAGGAGCUCCACCUACUAGUAGUUCUGCUGAAGCUGCUACACCAAAAAGGUCUGGUAAAGGUGCCAAGAUCAAGAUAAAGGAAUGGGCAACUUCCCCUAUGGCCACAGUCCCCACUGAGAGCUCAGAGAAAGAGUUCCUCAUGAAGAAGGCAGGAGUGCUGAUGCAUUACCUGCUGUACAAGUAUCAAAUGAAGGAGAAGAUAAUGAAGGGUGAAAUGCUGAAGAUGCUCCAGAAAAGUUUCCGACAACGAUUCCCUGAGAUCUUACAUUUGACCUCUGAGUGGGCAGAGCUGCUCUUUGGCCUUGAGUUGAAGGAAGUCAAACGUGGUGGUAGCUGCUACACCCUUGUCAAAAAAUUUGAUGACUCCAAGUAUGGAAAUCUGAUCACUGGCUUGGGAGCCCCAAUGAAUGGGCUUGUGAUGCCUCUGUUGAGGAUCAUCUUCUUAAAUGGUCACUGUGCCUCUGAAGAAGAGAUUCUCGAAUUCCUGAAUAUGACGGCAAUCUAUGAUGGGAAGGAACGCUUAAUCUUUGGUGAGUUACGAAAUUUCGUCACUAAAGAUCUGGUGCAGAAAAAGUUUCUGGUCUACCGCCAAGUGCUUCACAGUGAUCCUCCACGCUAUGAAUUUCUGUGGGGCCCAAGAGCACAUGCUGAGAUAAGCAAGAUGAAAGUCCUGGAGUUUUUGGCCAAGGUUAAUGAAACUGUCCCUACUGCCUUCCCGAUCCAUUAUGCAGAGGCUUUGAGAGAUGAGCAAGAGAGGGCCCAAGCCAAAGCUGCAGCCAGCAAUGUAACUGCUGCUCAGUCUAUUCCCGGUCCCAGGGGAACCUCCACCACCUAA